UACAUCCUCUAAAUCCAAGUUGAAGGUGAUAGUCCUCUCUCAGCCUCUCUCAUCAGCCUGUUAGCUGCUUCUCGCUUCUGUCUGCAGUCAAAUAAACAGCAGCUAUGUCGGUGUUUAGCGAGGUCCCUGAAGCUGUCCCUGUAGCUGUCUUCAAGCUAUCGCAGGACUUCAACAACGACCAGUUUCCCAAGAAGGUGAACCUCGGAGUGGGAGCCUACCGGACAGAUGAGGGCAAGCCAUGGGUUUUGCCAGUUGUGAAAAAAGUUGAAAAGGUCAUUGUGCAUGAUGACAGCCUGAACCACGAGUACCUGCCCAUCCUGGGCCUGCCUGACUUCAGAUCCUCAGCCUCUAAGAUCGCACUGGGAGAUGACAGUCCUGCCAUCCAGGAGAACAGGGUGGGGGCUGUCCAGUGUCUGGGUGGUACAGGUGCUUUGAAGAUGGGUGCAGAAUUUCUCAGGCGUUUCUACAAUGGAAACAACAACACCAAAACGCCCAUCUAUGUGUCCGCACCUACCUGGGAAAAUCACAAUGCUGUAUUCGCAAAUGCUGGCUUUGAGGACGUCCGUCCAUACAAGUACUGGGACGCAGAGAAGAGGGGCCUCGAUUCGGCUGGUUUCCUUGGAGACCUGGAGAGUUGUCCAGAGCGCUCCGUCUUUGUCCUGCAUGCCUGUGCCCACAAUCCAACUGGCACAGACCCCACACAGGAGCAAUGGAUGCAGAUUGCCGAAAUUAUGAUGAGGAGGAAGCUGUUUGUGUUCUUUGACUCGGCUUAUCAGGGAUUCGCCUCGGGCAAUCUGGAUAAAGAUGCCUGGGCGGUCCGCUACUUUGUCUCCAUGGGCUUUGAAAUGUUCUGCGCCCAGUCGUUCUCCAAGAACUUUGGCCUCUACAAUGAGCGUGUGGGCAACCUGACCGUUGUGGCUCGCGAUGCAGACAACCUGAAGCGAAUUCUGUCUCAGAUGGAGAAGAUCGUCAGGACAACUUGGUCCAACCCACCGUCUCAGGGAGCGCGCGUUGUUGCCAUAACUCUUAACUCACCUCAGCUCUUCACUGAAUGGAAGGACAAUGUGAAGACCAUGGCCGACAGGGUUUUGUUGAUGAGGGCUCAGCUGAAAGCUAAGCUCCAAGCUCAGGGGACACCGGGCACCUGGGACCACAUCACAGAGCAGAUUGGCAUGUUCAGCUUCACAGGCCUCAACCCCAAACAAGUGGAGUAUAUGGUGAAGGAGAAACACAUCUACCUGAUGGCCAGUGGUCGCAUCAACAUGUGCGGUUUGACCACCAAGAACAUAGACUACGUGGCUGAGUCCAUCCAUGAGGCCGUCACCAUGGUCCAGUAGAAGACUACACUACCCACAGUCCUCAGUACCUCCUCCUACCCAGCCCCGAGCCACCUGAUUCCAGGGAACGUGUUUGUAUCCUGCACAUUUCCUGGAGCCAAGCUCUCAUUUGCACAAAUAUACAAACAGCCCUCAGCUCACUGACCCCGUUUGCCCGUCCUUUCAGUGUUUGUGCUAAGCUAAGCUAAACACAUCCUUGACAUAUUUCUAUCCAAACACACAAAUGGGAAUUAUUUCUUUACCUAAUUGUGUUUAUAAUUUGUCCCCGCUUUCAUCGCGUUGGUCUCCCACUUGUAAUGUGUACUUAGUGUGACGUCACAUGUAGUGUACUGUUAGUGUUAUGAGUCAUUACAAGGACCUUUCGAGAGGGUUGGUACAUCUGUGACUGUGUUACAAUAACCCCAGCAGCGCUGACACUCGGUGGUCUAAAAAUGAUUAAUGUCAUACUCUUAUGAUUCAUCCAUUCCAAGUGUUAAUAACACAUUUCUUGCAGUAAUCAGCAUGUAGGAUUAACGGCUGUUAAGAGCACUGACCAAACUGACUUAAUGUAGCUUUAAUUAGAGGAAGCAAUUAUAGUAAAUGUGUAUUUACCACCUCUAUCAUGAGGGAAAUAGCGGUAUUAUUAAGUUUACUGCUGGAUGCAAUGUGAACAAGAGAUGAGUGGUCUCAGGAAGAUAUUUUUAACUUGACUUACGUAAUUUACUCUUCUUCUGCCCGCAGGGGUUGUACUAAUUACCUCACUUUGAAUCUGUAUUUAUGCAAUUAUUUUAUUUCUAGUUCAUGUUCAGUGAGCACAAAUGGCACCGAUCUCUUCCGAUCAUCUCAGUUUUUCGGCUCACAGUUGAAUGUCACAAAGUUACCGGUUCUGUCGGGUACCUGCCGAGUGAAUGUUGAGUUUGCACAGCGAUAGUCUGUUCGCAGCACUAGUGCACUAUUAUGUAAGAGCCUCGUGUCAGUGGCACAAACACACUAAUGAUCAACCAGUUUGCUAUCGUAUCACUGAGCACAGUACACCAAUAAAGCAGUCAUACUGUUGAGCAAAUGACUAGACCUUCUAAUGAGAUGAAUUAACUACUGUAAUAAAGAACUAUAAAUAGUA